AUGGACAAAAAUGAUGAAAUCAAAGGAUUCGAACUCAAUUUGAUUUUGAAUGAUUAUAAAUUUUUGUUAAACUCCAUAACUGAUAUUCCUUCUCCGGCUCCUCUAUCUCCUGCACCUCAUUCAUGGAGGUUCGAAGUCUUUCUCAGCUUCAGUGGCCAAGACACCAGAGGUAACUUCACAGACCAUCUUCUUUCUGGUCUGCUAGAGAGACAAGUGAAGGCUUACAGGGACGACAAAAACCUACCACGAGGAAGUUUCAUUUCAAAAGCACUUCUAAGAGCAAUUGAAAGAUCGAAAAUUUCCAUCAUCGUCUUCUCCAAGAAUUAUGCAGCUUCAAGGUGGAGUUUGGAUGAGCUUGUGAAGAUUAUUAAAUGUAGAAAGCUCUUGGGUCACAUUAUUCUCCCAGUUUUCUUCGAUGUAAGACCUGAUCAUGUUGCCAAGCAAACUGGUCCUUACAAGAAAAUCUUUCGAAAGUAUGAAGAGAAGUACAAGAACAAUAAGCAGAAGGUUGAAAAGUGGAAGGAUGCUCUUAAGACAGUUGCAGAGAUAAGCGGUUGGGACAAGGAAAAUUACAGAUCUGAAUCAAAGUUGAUUAGAAUCAUAGCAAAAAAAGUAGUACGUAAACUGAGAAAGGCAGCCCCAACUGUUGGCAAUCAGCUAGUCCAACUGAAUUCUAAAGUGGAGGAAAUGAAGCUCAAGCUAUACGAGAAGUGGGAAGAAAUUGGCACAAUAAAAUUUUAUGGGUUGCAAUGGGGCAGAAAAAUAUGGGACAGUUCUAAAGACAAGAAAAGGUGGCAAAGCCAACAUGUUAGUGAAUUUUGCUUGAUGAAGUGGACAAACUAG